UAUGCUUUCAUCUAUUUUAACUUCUGGAAAAUAAACAAAGAAUUAAAUCAAUGAUCUAUUUUCAAAGCAAAUAGAGAUAAUAGAAAAGUAAGUGGAAUCCAAAUCCAAAAAUAACGUUGAUUUAGAAGAUGACAAUGAAUAAGGACUUAAAUAAACUCAAGAAGAUAAAGAAUAAAUGGAUGCUGAUAGAAUAAGAAGAACUUUAUUUGUAGGAAAUGUGAGCAUCAAUGCUAAAAAAAAUGAUAUUAGAAAAGUAUUCACUUAAUAUGGAGAGGUAUCAAUAAAAAAUAAUUAGAUUGAAAAAGUUUGGUUUAGAUCAAUACCUGUUGAUAGAGCAACCAAGAAGGAAAAUGUUAAACUACCAGUUAGAGCUGCUGUAUUGAUGGGCAAAAUUUAAGAAGGAGCCUAAUCAUAGAAUUGUUAUAUCCUAUUUAAAGAUGCUAAAUCUGCUAAAUCUGCAACACAAUAAGAUGGUCAAUUAUUUAUGAAUCUACAUUUAAGAUGUACCUUAGAAGGAUAAAAGAAAGUAAAUUAAUUAUUCAAUUUUUAGAAAGAUCACAUUAAAACAGCCUUUGUUGGUAAUUUGCCAUUUGAUAUAGAAGAAGAAGAAGUUAGAAAAGCAUUUGAAGAAGCCUUUGGAUAAAUUAAUUAUGUUAGAGUAAUUAAAGAUCCUUAUAGACAUGUUGGAAAAGGUUUUGGAUAUGUUAGUUUUAAUGAAUUUCAAUCAUUAAAGAAGGCUCUUUAAGCAUAAACUAUAGAAAUAAAAGGAAGAGAAGUUAGAAUUAAGAAAGCAGCAGAAACAACUAAAAGAGAAGGAAAAGAAUUAAAUAAUGCCAAAAAUGCUUUUUAGAGAAUUCAAAAAAAAUAAUAAUUCUCAUAAAAAGGAAAAAGGCCAAGAAAAAAUACAUAAAACAAAGAAUAAACUUAAAAUAAAUAAGAAAAAUAAUAGUUUCGUGUAUAAAUACAUAAAAAGAUUUAGAAAAUGAAAAAAAAGAGAGUAUAUAAUUUAUAUAAUUAUUUAUUUUAGUAUAAUCCAAAGGAAAUUAAAGAGUAAAUUAACAAUAUUAAAACAUAGAGAAAAACAUAAGUAAAAGAUACUAACAUUUUCAACUAGUAUUGA